CUUCUUUCGUGCUCCGCUCUGAAGCGAAGCACAGUGAUUCUGAUUCACUGAACAGAGCAUCCCACUAAGCGUCUCUUUUUCUGUGGAUGCCCUUGUAUUGAAGCGAAAAAUCUGAGGAGGUUUACAUAAUCAUUUUUUUUUUUUCGCGCAAGGAUUACUUUAUAUAUUCUCUGGCACUCCAAACGCCAACAGAUUGUGUUUGGUCUCCUUGCAAAGGGUCACUUGGGAAAAUCGACCCGUCUUGUGGCACUCCUGACACACUUGGAAGAUUUGUAGACUGCGGACGUUUCACGAAAUAGGACACACGGACGGACAACUGCGGUUUAUGCGUCUUCCCGUUCACAGAAGAUAAAAACGGACUGUUUGUUGCAAGAACUGACACAGAGAAAUAACAAACAAUCAACUCAAAACAUGAGCUGCGCAAUGUUGCGACACGCGCUCGCUUUGCUCUUGGCGUUGCUGUGGAAAGGGCCCACCGGUGCUCAGGCAGCCGAGUUCGGACACUUGCCCGACAACAUUACCGUGCUGGAAGGAGAAAGCGUCGUUUUGAGAUGCAAGAUAGACGAGGAGGUCACUCACAAGGCAUGGUUGAACCGCUCCAACAUCUUAUUUACGGGCACAGAUAAGUGGUCCCUGGACUCCCGCGUCUCCCUGGUGAACAACAACAACAGCGACUUCUCCAUUAAGAUUGAGCGAGUGAUGGUGGCAGACGAGGGACCCUACACAUGCAGCUUCCAGGCCAGAAACCAGCCCCGUACGGCCCACGUCUACCUCAUCGUUCAGGUGCCGGCCCGGAUAGUGAACAUCUCCCAGGAUAAAUCUGUGAAUGAAGGUGAUGACGUGAAUCUUUUUUGCCUGGCGGUGGGCAGACCGGAGCCGACCGUCACCUGGAAGGACUUCAAGUACGGUCUCAUGAGUGAAGGCGAAUUUCUGGAAAUCACAGAAAUCAAGCGGCAUCAGGCGGAGGAAUUUGAAUGCAUCACAAACAACGGUGUUGCGCCGCCAGACACGCACCGCGUCAAGGUCACAGUCAACUAUCCACCAAUGAUCACAGACGUAAAGAACAUGCCCGCCCAGGUGGGAAAAACUGCAAUCUUACGCUGUGAAGCUAUGGCAGUGCCCACCGCGUCCUUUGAAUGGUACCGGGAUGACCGGAGGCCGGUAGAGAGUGAUAAGAAAAAACACGUUCCCUCACAAAAAACACGUUCCCUGCUGCUCUUCACCAACGUCACAGAAAAACACUUUGGCAACUACACCUGUUUCGCUUCCAACCGCCUCGGGGCUUCCAAUGCCAGCAUGUUACUCUUCAGGCCCGGGGCUGUGUACGGUGGAGCGGCAUCUCUGAACGGCGGUUUAUCAGGAGUCGGUCUGUGGUUCUGCCUCUCCAUCUCUGUUCUGAUGAAGGUCUAAAACUUUCCCGCUUUGGAAGGAGUCUUUAAAUAUGAACCUAUCACUGUGAACAAAAUGAAAUUAUGCAUUAAUCCAGGAGCCAUUGCUACAUCACUCAGUCAUUCCUUCCUAUUCCCAUUCACGCCCGGUCGCAUAUCAUCGCUUCACUUCUCCCUCCCGUCGCCAAUGAUGGUUAACUUUUUUUCGUCCAAACCUGAUAUGUGAUGCAAAUGAUGUAAACAACAAGUGUAAUGCCAGUUGGGUGUCUCUUGGUGUGCGUGCUGGACAUGCUGGUUGUAAAGUGACGUGUCGAUGAUGACGUUUGCGAUGUUCCGGUGACCCUCUUGAAGCUGUUUGUGGCAGUUCAUCAGCGGGCCUGUCGGCCAUUGAUCCUUAGAUCCUGACAGAGAUCUGAGCUGAACAGUGGUGCAUUUUGACAUGCAUAGCUACUAUGAAUGAUGUCAAACCACGUUUUCUUUCUAGCAAAGAGGGUCGUGUCAGCUCGGCCCCUUGUUUGCAUUCGUUUGGGCUCUCGACUCAAAGCAAACUCCUGACCCGCAUCCAGCCCUCAUAUUGUCCUCAGUCUGUCCAUCACUCAGAUCGUUGGUCCACUCAAUGUAAAUAUAUAUGCAGUAGAGGCCCCUCAUUCCAGCGGCAAAAACUACAUUUCCCAUCAGCCUCUCUGUUUCAGUCUUUCGGCUAGGAGGAUAUUGCUGCCUUUAAGUCAUGAGGGAAUGAUCAUAUUUAUGAGAUUUACAACUGAAAUGUCAUUAUUAGCCAAGAAUCAUUGGUUUUGAUUGUAAGAUAUUUAGUUUGUACACAUUUAGUGUUGUUUUCUUGUGUUUGAUGGGAAGUUAAAGAGAAAUGCUUUAAAGUAAUUUCCAAACUCAUUGCAAAGUAUAAAAAAUAGAUGUAGUGUUGGAAAUCAAAGUAUUUGGACACUUUUUGGUUGUCAAAUGUUAGUUAAUAAAGCUGUAGACGUCAUUCAUCCGCUAAAGUGCAUUUUGCAACAUGCAAAUAUUUAGAAAAUUGAGGAGUGCAACUUUUCAGAAGUAUUUGAAUGCAUCAUUGCAACUCAUAAGAGUGCAACUUUUCAGAAGUAUUUGAAUGCAUCAUUGCAACUCAUAAGAAGGCAACUUUUCAGAAUCAUUUAAAUGCAUAAUUGCAGCUCAUAAGAGUGCAGCUUUUCAGAAUUAUUUAAAUGCGUCAUUGCAACUCUUAACAAGUGCAACAUUUCAGAAUUAUUUAAAUCCAUCAUUGCAACUCAGAAGAGUGCAUCUCUUCAGAAUUAUUUAAAUGCAUCAUUGCAACUCAAACGUGCAACUUUUCAGAACUAUUUAAAUUCAUCAUUGCAACUCAGAAGAGUGCAGCUUUUCAGAAUUAAUUAAAUGCAACAUUGCAACUCAAGAGUGCAACUUUUCAGAACUAUUUAAAUUCAUAACUCAUAAGUAAGAGUGCAACUUUUCAGAAUUAUUUGAAUGCAACAUUGCAACUCAUAAGUAGGAACUUUCCACAAAGACUUGAAGGCAGCAGAAGUUUCUGAAAUCUUCUGACCUGAAAUGGUUCAUUGACUUCUUGUUGCUUGUGGAUAGCAUGUACCGGUUAGAAAUGUCCCUCUUGUGACCUCACUUCCUGCACCAACCCCGUUUUACCCCCCUGCACUGUGUACAUUUUAAUCUGCAAGGUUAUCUGCUAUUACUUUUUUGGUGUUAAUAAUGAUUAUAAUGAUGAUGAUGAUGACGAUGAUGAUAUUGUUAAUAAGUAUUUGAAUAAAUAUGAUAGUAAUUCCAUGUGAGAAAAAAAAACGUCACAGCUGAUCACAAGCCGUGUGUGAAAAUAUUUUGUACUAAAAAUCACUGAAUUCAUCAAACAGCCAAAAAAACAACAAAAACAAAAAAAAAAAAAAACCUUUUUGAAGUACCGUGCUCUGUUUUACCAUGAUUAACUUUUUUAAAGUGGAAGUAAUUUGACCAAGUCGACUCAUCCGUAAAAGAGAGCAAUCAGUGAAAUGUGAGGACGCUUACAUGCUAGACAGAUCCAUUUUGAGUAUGUGAAAAUUGGACUAAUAUACAGUUCAAAGUGCAGCAUCGCUUUUCCAAACCAUUGCAUUUGUCCUUUGUAUUUGUCAUGCACCAUCUGCAUUGAACUCAGUGCAUUUACAUUGUAAACUAGCGUGUAGGCGUCCUAAUAUAAUUUCAAAUGUGUACUGUAUUUUUUUCCCAUGCUGUUGAUGACUGUAAUGUAUGAUAUAUUCUGCAGUAAUGAUGUAAUGCUCAUGUCUGCAUCGAUAACAUAACCAAAACUGAGUCAACAUGUUGGUGCAAUGCUGAGUUCCAUUCAGAGAUGAUUGUCGGAUGUAUUCCUAUGUGAUAUCACCAACUUCCUGCAAAAAUGCAUGCAUUAUGCUUGGAAAAUGACAUACAAUGUAACAAAAUGGCAAUUUACAGUUUUUUUUUUUUUUUUUUUUUUUUU